GUUUUUAGAUUAAUGCGAAUGAUAAAAAAGCGAAUAAAAGAAUAUGGAGUACAUGAAGCGGUACACAGCUACAGCUGUAAGUCUGAAUUGAAGGUUCUAUUCCCGAGUUCGCAAAAAUAGUUUAGCGAGAAAAUCUAAAAGACCAUAACACCGCCAUCAUCUCCUCCAAUUCUUCCGCGUCCAAGAAUUCCACCCAAGAAACGAAGGGCAAGAUAGUCUUUUCAACUCCUCGUCCCCACACCCCCCUCCCCUCCGGCGACUGUGAGCGAUGCCGAGCGACUCCAGCUCCUGCUCCCACUGGUGGCACGCCCCCGUCUACCUCGCCGCCACCGUGGCCCUCGUCGUCGCCGCCCUCUCUUCUUCCUCCUUUUCCUCGUCCGGCCAUCGGCCGCGGUCCGGCGAUGCGACUCCGAACGCCACCGCCGGGCCCCGACCGGCCGCCGACCUCUCGCCAGACGCUGCCCUCAUUCUCCAUCGUGCCGGCUUCCACCUCACGGCCGCGAUCCUCCAGAUCUCUCCCGGUUCCCUGCUUCCCCCCGCCCAGGCCGCUACCCUCUUCGCCAUCCCCGACGCCGCCGUCGCCGACCUCUCCUUCCCCGUCGCGGAGCACCUCUUCCGCUACCACACCGUACCGCUCCGCCUCUCCCUCUCCGACCUCCUCAAGAUGCCCCGUGGCAGCUGCCUCCCCACCCUCCACCGCUCCAAGAACCUCCUGAUCACCGCUUCCGACGGCCUCGAUCGCUCCAUCAGCAUCAACGGCGUCCCCAUCUCCCACCCCGACGCCUUCCUUCAUGGGCCCCAUGCGAUCCACGGCGCCAGCGGCGCGUUCCACCGAUUCGACGGCCAAGAACCCGUCCCCAACGCGAUCUGCGACGCAAAGACAGCCGUUGAUGCGCCGGUGGUGGUCCCGUGGGCCAGGGUGGUCCAGGCGCUGGGGGUGCGGGGAUACGUGUCCUUCUCCGUGGGCCUCAGCGCGGUCAUUGACGCGGUGACCCGCGAUUCGCUGGCGCUGGACCACGUUACGUUGUUCGCGCCGCAAGACAGCGGAUUCGAUCAAGUGGCGUCGCCCGCGCCGCUGCUGGAGAGCGCGGUGAAGCGCCACGUGGCCGUUGGGUGGUUCGCGUAUGGGGAGCUGGCGGCGAUGCCCGUGGGACAGGCAAUCCGGACGUUGGCCAAGGACGUGGAGCUUCGGAUCACCGCAGGUGGGAGCACCGGCGCGGUGGCAAUCAACGGCGUGGAGAUCACCGAACCAGAGGUGUACGCCACCGAAGGGGUGGUAGUACAUGGGAUCUCUAGGGCUUUCGAACCGAAGCCGCUCUCGACCUAGUUCAUCGAUGACCGUCUGAUCUUCUAUUUUAGUUUGUAGCAUAGACGGUCUAUUCAACGCCUUGUUGAAGCGAACACGGAUCACAUGGUUGUGAUGCUGUGAUCGGAUGUGUAUAUGACAUAGCGAAUGCAAUGUCACAAUGUAUGGUAUGGGCCCGGUUCAAAGAUGAACAGCCC